CGGCGAGUUAUUCCGGGAUUGGGCGAACAUCACCGCCUACGAGUCGGCCACGAGCCCUUGAGCUCUGGCCGAAUGUAUUUUAUAUUUACGGAGAUGAAAACUAUCCGAACGGCGCGCACAACCACAAGAAAGCUCAACAAAGAUGACGUCGAAAUUGUAACCACACUGUCCAGCUCGGCGCUGAAAGCAUUGAUCGGCUUUAAUGAUCCCAAAUUUCUGACCGUGCAGCGCAGACGUCUCGGGGAUGCCGUGACGGGUUCCCAGCGAGACGCAGUUGGGCCCUGUCUCGCGAGACAGGCUCGUCAGUCGAGAACGCGGUGCUGCCCGUCCUCUCGCACCAGAGGCAGUGUCAGACAUGAACCAGGAGAAGAAGGGUGCCACGUCGCCCAGCGGUAUGUCGAAAAAGCCUGCGGCGAGCGUCGAGUCGACCGACAGCGUCGUGGCGUCCGUCCACGACAAGGACGCGGUCCCGCUACUCGUUGUCGAAAAGGACAGUGCGGCGCGAAAGACUGACGACGAGACUCCCGGCGCACUGCAGCCCCUCCAGCAGAUGGUCGACGCCAACGAGAACGCGACAGGAUCCGAGAGCCUCACCGCAGAUUCUUCCGUUGUAGGCACUCCUGGCACGGGGACGAACCCGUCGAUGGGACGCACUCCCGAAGACGGUGUGACGCCUGAAGCUCGCGGAAGCUUGUCCAGGGCGUGCAUCACGGGUUCAGAUAGCAGCGAGGGCAGCAGCCGGUGCAAGAUAUCCCGGCGAAAGAAGAGUCACCGCAGCAAGGAAGGUCGUCGCCAACCCGUGGUGGUCGUGUCGCGACGCAACAUCUUGCGUGAUCCAUUGCACGUGUGCUUGGGUCGGCCGUUCCCCAGCAACGAAGAUGCCGGAAGCGCCGCCACGGCUGCUGACCCGAAAGCGGCCCCUUCCGCGGGCACGGACAACGUGGUCGCGUACGUCACCUCGACGAACGUUGACGGCGCCGGGCUGGGCAGCGCGUCGACUGCGGCUACAGUCGAGGAAGCCGCGGAGCAAGCCGAGCUGGCCAAUGAGAAAGCCUUCUUGAACGCUAUCCUCAACGAUCUGAUGGAGUGUAUCGAACUUCAUUCUUCUUUCAAGUACGACGUUGCCGAAGACGACGAACAGGAACAGCGGAACGGCUUGGCCGAGCCUCGCGGGGAGCGACGAGGUUCAUCGUCGAAGGGUGAGGGGAAACGUGAGCCGAAUUCGGCAGGCACCUGUCAAAAGGAGAGCGAACAGAGACGUCCCGAUGUUGCGACGGGAGAAGCGAGCUUACUGCCACUGCAGCAGCCCUAUCCAACCGAGGUAAAGCAGGCUGUCGAGCCGCAUGCGCUGCGGUCUAUCGCCGGCAGAGAAGAAGCCCAAAAGAGUGCGGUCAACAGCGCUCUAGAUAACAAGGAAGGAGACUACGGUGUCGACAAACGCCCGGAAAGCCCAGAUGCGGCGACAAAGCUCGGAGUCCUCGAAGAUAACAAGCAGAAGCGAUCGCAGGACGUCGUGGUGCACGAGGUGCCUCUUGUGUACUUCAGCAUGAGCCGCACAGAGCCGACCGAACGGAACGAAAUCGCGCCGUCCAAAGGCAGCUCGGGCCACGUGACGUACCCGGGAAUGAAAGAGCCGUUCGUCUCGAAGCAAGAUGAUGGUGACGACGACGAGGAAGAAGAAGAAGAAGACCGCGGAUACCUGGACAUGGCGUUCGGUGCGGGUUCUUUCACCGACGACCUCGACCUCGGCCGAAUGGGGCCUGGAAACGCGUCUUCGCCCAACACUGCGAGUGGCAUCCAGAGCUGUUGGCACGACUUUCUCGCGCCGAUAAAGAUGGUCUCCAAGUACAUUCAGACUGAGUGGUGGAAGGAACCCGAGUCGGAGUCAUCCUUCUCGGAGGUGGUGCGCAAGCGCCGCAGCGGCUCGACCAAGACGCUGCACAGAGCCUGCUCUCUACAGAUCACAGUGCCUGAGCGGCGAGCAGCCGCAGCUGGCGGCCUUGGCUCCGAGGAGAGUUCGGUCGAGGAGCUGGCUAAGAUAUUUGCCGCAUACUCGUCGUCACCUACGGCGCGCGUAGGGAAGGACGAGUCCGGAAGGGCCGACGUCAAGGGCGUGGUGCGUGAUCGCAACUUCGGCGUACCUUCGCCGACCACAGCCGCCGGCGGUGGCGGCACGACCACUGCAUCGCCUACGGCCGCCGCUGUCGUCGUACAAGGCUGCACGUGCGAUGAUCGCGCGUCCGCGACGGUAGUUCACGGAAGCGCUGCCGAAUGAACUGCGGUGUUGCUUGGAAUGUAGAUGAACUGACCUAUUUUGGGCUUGAUACAUAACAGGAAGACGUUGCGAUAGAGUUGAUGGCAUUCGUCUAUUUAUGAGUUUUUUUUUUGUCGUGAUGUUGCGUGGCUUAAAUUCUAAUUGCGGCUAAAGGAUGUACACAUUCAACUAAAAUCGAAUUCUUGUAGGUUGUAACUUGGAGGUUGCUGCUGGUUUUUGUGACCGCGAAUCGUAGCGCUGCUAAUUGCUUCGCUGCAGCCAUGAAAAUGUUAAUUGUAAGCGCGUCCUUCCACCAUAAACGAGGCCUCCCAACUUC